AUGGGGCGUGUUAAGCUCCAGAUAAAAAGGAUAGAGAACAACACCAAUCGCCAGGUGACCUUCUCCAAGCGUCGCAAUGGGCUCAUCAAGAAAGCCUACGAGCUCUCGGUUCUUUGCGACAUCGACAUCGCCCUCAUCAUGUUCUCUCCCUCCGGGAGGCUCAGCCAUUUCUCCGGCAGGCAGAGGAUCGAGGAUGUGCUUGGUCGGUACAUAAAUCUCCCGGAGCAUGAUAGGGGAGGAAUUAUCCAAAAUCGAGAGUAUUUGAUCCGGACGUUAAAAAAGCUCAAGUGUGAGGGCGACAUGGAAGCUGAAUUAGUCAAUCCUGGGGCUGUUAACUCCCACGUGGAGGAACUUCAACAAGAGAUCCAUAUGUAUCAGCAUCAGCUGCAGCUCUCUGAAGAACGCCUAAGUAUUUUCGAGCCAGACCCCCUUGGCAUCACUUCUAUGGAUGAGCUUGAAUCAUGCGAGAAAUUCCUCAUGGAGGCCUUAAGGCGUGCAGGAGAGAGAAAGAAGUAUUUGCUGAGUAACCAUCUGCCUCCGUACGACCCCUCGGCAUCCAGCAUGCAGAUGUACCUGCCGUCGCAACAAGAACCGAUGCCCAAUUCGUUCGGGAGCGAGGUGGUGCAGUGGGUCCCAGGAACGACACCCAAUCCCGGCAACCAGAUCUUCAUCGGUUCCGACCUCCUCAUGUCCCUCAGGGAUCCCGGCAUCUACGGCCCAAUCUCUUCGGGCACGGGCCUACCGAUGGACCCACGUGUGGGGAGCUGCCACGUCAGCAACCAGAACGAUGCAUGGCAUCAAGCAUACACGUCAACUGAGCUCCUCUCGGCCCUCAUCCCAUCUGCCCCCUUCCCUCUCAUCCAGCAUCCGAUGGCACUGACGGACUUGCCACCGAUGGUGCUACCGGCUGAGCAAGCAGAGGCCCCGACAAGUUGCCCGCACAUGCCAGGAGACGAGCAUGGCACGUGCGCUACAACAUAUGAAACCAAACCACCGUCGGUGAAUGCCGGUUGAUUUCAUCUGUCCGAUGAGCGAAUCCGCAAUUGCGCAUCAACCCCUUUCAAAGCUCCAGGGAGCCACUUGGAGAUAGGUACAUGUAGUGCUUUAGGGAGAGAGCUUUGUUAGGGUUACCUAGAGUUCUUUCUUGACAAGAUCUGUAUCUAGCGAAAUGAAUUAUGAAAGUUGGAAAAGAAAGAGAUUGGAUAUAGAAGAAUAUGGACGUUGUAAUUUACGAUAGUUGUAGUAAACCUUUUUGGCUGGUUCACUUGGUGGUUGAAUUGGGUUCAUCCGCUCUACUCAUUCUCUUCACUUGACAAGAGAUGUGAUUUUAAAUGGAAAAAUAAACGGUUAUGGCUCUAAUGUGUGGUCAACCAUGUUAAAUUAUUGAUGAAUUUUUUUUUCA